AUGGAAGAAGUAGAUAGUUUAUUAGUUGAUAACGUUAAAUCGUUUGCCUCUGGUGGAUUUGGGGGUAUUUGUGCUGUUUUAACAGGUCACCCAUUUGACUUGGUGAAAGUUCGUUUACAGACGGGGCUAUACAAUUCUUCGGUUCAAUGUGUGAAACUGACUUUAGUUAAGGAUGGUUUGCCAGGUUUUUAUAGGGGGGUAUUACCACCUUUAUUAGGUGUCACUCCUAUGUUCGCCGUUUCCUUUUGGGGUUACGACGUUGGAAAAAAGAUAGUUACUUCAUUUACAGGUAAAGAAGUGGCCAACUUUUCAAUUGCCAACAUUUCUACUGCUGGGUUCAUUUCUGCCAUUCCAACGACCUUGGUGGCUGCUCCAUUUGAAAGAAUUAAGGUCAUGAUGCAAAUUCAAGACGGGUCCAAGACAACCUCUAUGGGAUCAGUUGUCAAGGAAAUGUAUAGAACAGGUGGUAUCAGAUCCAUUUUCAAGGGUUCUGCUGCAACCUUAGCUAGAGAUGGUCCUGGAUCUGCAUUAUAUUUCGCAACCUAUGAAUAUAUGAAGCGCAGAUUAACCACCCCAGAUACAGAUUUAUCCUUAUUUGCUAUCACAAUGGCCGGUGGUUGUGCCGGGGUUUCCAUGUGGCUUGGUGUUUUCCCAAUUGAUACCAUUAAAUCUACACAACAAUCGUCAAAUACUAAUAUCUCGAUUGUUAAAACUACACAAAACAUUUACAAGAAGGGUGGAAUUAAGGCAUUCUUCCCAGGUGUCGGUCCUGCUUUGGCAAGAUCUUUCCCAGCGAAUGCGGCCACCUUCUUGGGUGUUGAAUUGGCUAGAAACUUCUUCGAUAAACUCGUUUAG